CUUGCUUGCACCUUGGCGUUUUUCUUUCGCCUGGCCUGGCGCGAUGGCAAGGCAAUCAGGGCGUCAUGUCGGUGGGAUCAAUGGCGCUUUAUUACAGAAAGGCUGGCAGAAGAUUGAGCAACCUCGCGGCGACAAUGUUGCUUGCAGGAAAAAGAGCUUGCAUGAUCCUCUACCCACACAGGCGCCUGGCUGUUGUCCUUGCUGGCUGCUGCGCCUUUACAUUGAUUGGGACCAUGUGCGCAUACGGCGGCGAACGCUUUGAGAUUCACCUGGCGCAUAGCAAAACCAUUUACUUUGUUGUCGAAGCCGGGUGGGGCAGCUCUAUAAUACGAGGAGAGAUGGUCGCCGAAACAAUGAAGAUCUAUUGCAAGAACAACUCUCUGCCUUGGCAUGUGGAGAUCUUGACCCUGAAUGGCCGGGACCAGUGGUCUGUUUUGCCGUCCUUGCCGCACAGGCCAAAACCAGAUGCUUGCAUUAUGGUGAAACAGCCUCGUUUGUAUUGGGACACGGUGUUGGACUGGUGCAGGACACAUGGCGCCGUGCGCUUUGUGGAUGUUUUGGACCAAAUUCCUUUGCUGGAACGAGUCACGCUGGGCCGCAACAUGGACUAUGACUUCGAUGGCUACAUAAUGCAGUCCCUUGACUUGAUGACGCAGGUGAACGCCUACAGUCCUGAGAUUCUAACAUUGACCUUGUACAAUCAUCACACGAACUCCGGCUUUGUGAGUGACGAGUCCAUGCUUGAAGAAGUCGACACGGUGGGGCUUUAUUCACCUGGCUUGCAUUUCCCUCCUGAAAGUAUUCUGAAAAGGCUGGCUGCGGCCGUGUGUUCGAGUGAAGCUAAGCUUUUCUUGGUGUUUGGGCACCAAAACGACACGCACGCGUCAUUCACAUGCAACCAGACAACUCAAAGGCGGCUGCAGGUGAACAACACACCCUCCUUGGACAAGUAUUUGGCUGAGCAAGUCCAAUAUCACGACUCCAGCAAUCUGCUGAGCUCGGUAAAUCUGGGGCUUUUGUGGCCACCGGAUUACAGCGUGACCACCUUGCAGCGGCCUCCUACAAGGCUUUUGCACUGGAUGUCGCAUGGCCUCCCUGUGGCCUUCUUCCCGUACAAGGCUUAUUUGGAGGUGGCCCGCGACGGCGGGUACUUUCUGGACGACGGCACGCUGCCGUCCGCGAGCUCGCCGCAGGAGCUGCAGCGCUUGCUGCACAAACUCUGCGCGAAGACAGAGGAAGGCCGGCACCUGCGGCGCCGGCUCCGGUCAAAAGGUCUUGAAAUUGCCAGCAACCACACGUUGGAAAAGCAGACAGAGCGCCUCGUGCACUACAUGCAACACAUUUUCCGAUCUGUGGCACGCGGCGAUACACCGAAAAGGGUUGGCAUUAUGACCCGUUUUCUUCGCAGACUGAUCGCCGGUCUCCGACGCUAAGAUGUUUGUCAGUUGGGCUCGACAUGGCCUGAGUGAGAUGUGCCCCCAGCAUUGCAGGCCGAGGAUUUCCUGCACCAGAAUCCGCGGAAAGUGC